AUGACGCUGAAUACUAAGCCUGCAGUUUUUGAUGUAAAAUUGUACACGCCUAUUUCGUCGUCCAAUAGGUCCCACCGAAUUAUCAGACUGAACAACAAUCUGCUGACGUUUCUUAUUUCGGAUCCAUCAGAAACUGUAGCCUCAUGUGCAGUAUCGAUUGCAACCGGCUCACACAACGACCCUGUGGAAAUUCCAGGCCUGGCCCAUUUCUGCGAGCAUAUGGUGCUGUCGUCUGGGUCCAAGAGACACCCCGAACCGAAUGCUUUCCAUGAAACCCUCUCGAAAAACAACGGCUCGCAGAACGCGCAUACCAGUGGCGAACAGACAUCCUUUUACUUCGAGCUUCCCAGCUCCCAAUCUUCGGACUCGCUGGUGUUCGAUCAGGUUGUCGGCAUAUUGGCAGACGCACUAAAGGAACCCAUAUUCCACGACGUGCUUAUCAACAAGGAGAUAUACGCGAUAAACAGCGAGCAUGUUGGAAACAAAUCGUCGCUAACUAAGAUGAUGUACCACGCCGUGCGUCUGUUGGCCAGUCCCGAGCACCCUUUCCACCAGUUUGGAACAGGAAACAUAUUCACGUUGACGAAUAUGCCAAAGCUGCACAAACUCAGUCUCAAAAAUGAACUGGUCAAGUAUUUCCGAGAGCAUUUCUUUGCAGAGAACAUGGUUUUAUGUCUUCGAGGGCCCCAGUCUCUGAACCAGUUGAGUAAAAUUGCCCAGGCCAGGUUUUCGGACAUACCCUCUAUACCGACAUUACAGGUACCACGAUUAUUGCGCUGGCGCUCUAGUAGUUCAUUUGAUAAGAAUCGAAACCUUUCCGUACGGCCGCUAGAGAGCUUUCAGAUCCUUAAGGAUGCGUGGUCCGCCCGCUACGCUAAAAAGCCUGUUUUUGAUAAGACCCCAAUGCAUAAUUCGAUUAUGGUGCAGUCUAGCAAGUCGCCCGUAAUACGCUUUGUUUUUCCAAUAAACUACUUCUCUACUCGAUUCACAGAUAGGGAACUUGCUACCUACACACAGAUAUGGUGUGAACUUUUAGGAGAUGAAUGCGAAGGUUCACUAUGCCAUUAUUUGAGAAGUCACAGUUAUAUAACUGAAUUGAUUGCGUACUCUUCUAACUUUGCGGUGAACGAUACCGGGCUAAUUUUGCAGCUGCACCUAACAAACCAUGGGUGGCUUAAUGUUCAAAAGAUUAUUCCUAUUGUAUGGAAAUAUUUAAUUCCAGCUAUUUUAGACGCUCCUCUUUCGUCCUUGGCUCAAUAUAUCAGCGAGCUAAACUCCUUGGACCUUCUAAAAUUCUUAUACCAGGAGCUCGAACGUUCACCAAUGGAUAGAUGUGCGGACUUAUGUGAAAGCCUACUCCAAGAUCUGUCAGCAAUCGAUUUAUCUUUUCUACUAAAAUCGACGUUGACAUAUUUCGAGUGUAACAACCUAUCAGUCGCCAAUCUAGGAACAUACAGAGAAAACCAGACUUCCAAAGACUGGUGGAGAGGAGAAGCUGUGAAGUUUCAAGCCUUUGUUAACGAAUUUAUGUCACAAGAUACUGUACGAAUAAUACUGCUGGGAAACCUAUCGAAAUGUUAUUUUAACUGCAAUCCUGAUAAGAUAACUACAGACACAUAUUUUGAAUAUGAAUAUGUUAAAAUAUUCAUUGAUCUCGAAGUCUUGGGAUGUGACGAUAUACACUACCGAUUCACUAUACCUGGACCAAAUCCAUUUAUGGUACCGGUGGGCCAUAAGCUAUCCUUUAUCAAACAUGCACUACUAGCCUCAUCUGUUCAAUCUGAAAACUCGGCACUUUCAGUUGUUGCCCAAUCUGACCUAGUGAGGGCUUCACCGAGACUUGCAGGCAAGAACAGCUAUUAUGAACUCUGGCUGAAAGAAGAAGAUGUGGAUCUUUCGUUUAGGUCAAAAAGCAUCUUCAGUAUGGAACUUAUUAGCACAUCAUUAGAACCCGCACCAGAAUACACAAUGCAUUUGGAGAUACUUGGGCAGUUACUUUAUUCGAUUCUUGGCCCUAUUUUAUAUCCUGCUGAACGUGCAGGGUAUACAUACGAACUUUCUCUCUCUUCGAAGGGAGACGUCAGGCUUGGUCUGACAAUUUCUGGGUUUACUGAUGGGAUUUUAAACUUGUUAAAGAUAAUUGUUGAUGCCAUAGUGAAUCUGAGUCAAGACCUGAAUUCGAUUCCAAAGGACAUAUUUAGGAAAGCCCGCAUUUUAGUCAGGACGAAAUACGAGGAGGCCUCCAGCGAGAGUUGUGUAACUCUUGCGAGCUUGGGACUUUUGAUCCUGUUAGAGAACUGUAUGUGGCCACUGGAAGAUAGGCUGGAGGCCUUGGAAGACAUAUAUGUUGAAUCAUUCCGAAUCUUCCUGGAAAAGUUUAUUAAUGGAGAUAACUAUUUGAACAUUCUGAUUCAAGGCUCAGAUAUGACAAUCGCAGACAAUAUUAACGAAUAUCUAAGUGAGAGGUUGACGCAUCACAUAUCCCGUGCCGAUGAUAAUGUAUGCCGUUUGUCAGAGCCUGCAACCUAUGUUAUACCGGAAGGCAGUAAUCUAUUCUUCAAGAGGGUCGGUUUUCAUGACGAUCCUAACAACAGCAUAGUCUAUUUUAUUCAAACUGGAGAACGGGACAAUAACUACAUUUACACGUUGACAGUAUUAACGGAAUUUAUUAUGUCGCAAACAUUAGUUCCUGACCUGCGACAGAAAAAACAAAUUGGGUACAUUGUCUUAGGUGGUCUAAGGGUAUUAUCCGACACUGUCGGCCUCCAUAUAACAACAAUGGCUGGUAGCCCACCCGAAUUCCUGGAAGAAAAGAUCAAUGAAUACCUUGCUUAUUUAGAGGAUAUGGUUUUGGCUAAGUUAACUGCCCCCCAGUUCAAACACGACUAUGUGGAUGAGCUUCUCAGCCUUCUAACAAGCAACUCUUUGGGCAAACUGGAGAAGACGUCGGGGCCAGCAAAUUUAAUGAGCCAAAUUGAGGCCAACGUCCAUAGCGGCCAACGGAAUACAAGUCUUGCCAUGAAAUCACACAAACGUUUGCGCACGCAAAUAUCUUAUCGAAGGUAUAACUUCGAUGAAGACGAUGAGCCCGUAGAUGCUAGAACCCUUCAGAAUCUGAAGUUGUCCGAAUACAUGCGAUUCUUCCGUCAGAGGAUUAGCAUUUACUCUGGCAAACGAGCAAAGCUUUCGAUAAUGGUGUACAGUGCAAUGAGUAAGGAAGAAGUUCAAGGCAAGAUGCUAUACCUACAGAUUGAAUCUUUUCUGAAGAUGAAGGGCUUCAAUAUUCCAUCAAAAGACCUCAAUGCUAUUGUUCAAAAGUCUAAGGGAAAGCCCACCGCGCUGCUUAAGGGUCUAUUAUCAUAUUUCCGCUCACAAGGAGAAAGCUUGAAGCUACUAUCCACAGUUCUGAGGGAGGUCGUUAAACAGCUUUUUUCCAAGGCGACUCCAGAUAGCAGCUCUUCGACACCAUCUGGAACCCACGGUUCCUUGCAAGCUAUGAGCCAGCAUGUUACUCCGGCGAUAACCUUAGAGCAAGUCCCUGAAGUCAAUUCCUACCGCAGUAAUAUAAGUAGUACUUUGUAA